GCGUUAUCGUCGUCAAGGGGGCCGAUCCCGGUGGAACAACGAGCGCAACUUUCGUCUUGUUCGGACUUGACAGAAUUGUUAAGAUGGCUGAUAUGACGGAAUCGCCGCCGCUGUUCGAUACUAACGAGACAAAACUGGACGACCUGGAGGACGACGACGAGGAUAUCUUUGCGUCCGCAGUGCAGGAACAAAACCAAUUGGAGAAUAGUUCGCCUUAUAAUGGAGUACCUAAGAUUCAAGCGGAAUUACCAAAACUGUCAUUGCGAGAUGCUCCAGAAGACAAUUCGUUUUCUUCCGUAUCUAGUCCAGUGCCUGGUCCUUUGAGUCCUCCACUAGGACCCAUGAAUACAGAUAUCGGUGAUCUGCAUGAUGUUCCUAUCAACGAUAAUGCAGAUAUGCUAUCCUCAAGUGUUAUGCAAUCCCGCUCUUUAGAAGAGGUUCCAACAGACACAUCGGAAGUUUUCUUGAAGAUCACAGUUACUUCCCCUCAAAAGAUAGGCGACGGAAUGGGUGCCUACGUUGCAUAUAAAGUUGAGACUAGAACAAAUAUGCUUAUAUUUAAGAAAAGGCAUUUUAGCGUGAUCAGGCGUUUCAGCGAUUUCCUAGGGCUCCAUGAUAAAUUAACUGAGAAAUAUCUCAGGAACGGCAGGAUAAUUCCACCAGCUCCGGAGAAAAGUGUUAUUGGAACGACGAAAAUUAAGAUGUCCGGAGAUAAAAGUCAAGAGCAAAAUUCGAGUUCCACUGAGUUUAUCGAACGACGUAGAGCAGCUCUCGAAAGAUAUCUCAACAGAACAGCUGCACAUCCAGUGUUGAGUAUCGAUCCUGAUUUCAGAGAAUUUCUAGAAGCUGAUGUAGAAUUGCCUAAAGCUACCAAUACAUCCGCAUUGAGCGGCAAAGGAGUAAUGCGGCUUUUCAAUAAAGUUGGAGAAACGGUUAACAAGAUAACAUAUAAAAUGGAUGAGAGCGAUAUGGAGGGUAAGUGGUUUGAAGAAAAAACAUCGCAGAUAGAUUCUCUUGAUAUCCAGUUACGCGCUUUGCACUCCGCAGUGGACUCCUUAACAAAUCAAAGAAGAGAAUUGGCAAAUUGCACUGGUGCUACAGCAAAGUCGAUUGCCGUUCUCGGUCACGGCGAACCAGGUGCGUCCCUUGGCAGAGCAUUAGCGCAGUUGGCGGAAACAUUAGAAAAGGUGGAAGCCAUCAGAAAAACACAAAGCAACAGUGAUCUUUAUCAAUUGGGAGAGAUGCUGAGAGAUUAUGUUGCACUCAUCGGUGCAAUUAAAGAUGUUUUCCACGAGAGAGUAAAAGUUUUUCAAAAUUGGCAGCAUGCUCAAUUGAUGCUAAAUAAAAAACGCGAACAGAAAGCAAGACUCGAACAAUCUGGACGAACGGACAAGACGAGUCAAGCAGCUACCGAGGUCAUAGAGUGGGAAGCGAAGGUGGACAGAGGCCAGGAAGAAUUUGACAAUAUCUCGAAGAUGAUAAAGGAAGAGGUAGAACGCUUCGAGUUGGUUAGGGUGCAAGACUUUAAGAAGCAACUAAUCGAAUAUUUGGAGUCGAUGCUACAGCAUCAGAAUCUACUUAUCAAGUAUUGGGAAAGCUUUUUACCGGAGGCACGAGCAGUGGCAUAAACAUUCCUCACAUAAAAAAUGAUGAGAUGCAUUUUUUAAUAACGAUAAUAAGGCCAUUAUCUAUCGUGUAAUGUGAAAGAAGAAAUAUAUUCUGUGCUGUUGAAUAGGAUAAGUUGCUCGUUUGCUACGAUGAUUGAGAAUGAUAACAAGAAACGGUCUUAUAUUAAAUACAAGAAAAAAGGAAGAAGAGGCGCUUAUAAUUUUGGAAGUACUGCCGAUUCGUUCAAAGUUUUCUACGAGCAGCGAAGGAUUCUAUUCAAUAUAUUCUAAUUAGACAUACUUAAUUCAUGAAAGAAGUCUCAGAUUUUUAUUAUAUUUCAAUUAUUGUCACAUAUAGUAUAUAUUGAUUCUCUAUUAUUACUUUAUCCAUACUAUAUACAUUAUAUAU